UCUCCGUGUGGUUAUCGUUUAUCACAUGCCUUACGCACUCUUCGACCCAAACAUGUGAUCCUCUUCGAACCCCAAGUGGCUUGGGUGCGCACUCUUGAGGUUCACUCUGCUCGCUGCAAGGCUGAAGUGCUAGAUGAUACGCAACGAAUCGGAGAACAGAAGGCUGUAGAUGCAAAUUUAAAGACUGUCUAUAACGAUUCAGGCUUUACUGUUUACUUUAUGGUGCUGGCUGAUUCUUUGGAAGAACAGCGCUACUUGACCUGCCUGAGGCGUGAACGUGAGGCUUUUGGAGCCCUCAUAAAGUUAAGCAGUCGCAUUGUCGUUCCAAAAGACUUCAUUCUUCCUAUCGACGAAGACGUAUUAUCUGAUCAAUUGGGCUCAACCAACUCAUUGGUAAUUGAGAAACGCAUACCAAGAGUAAUCGUUGACAUGAGAGAAUUCCGCAGCGAGUUACCUGCUUUGCUCUAUCGAAAGGGCAUUAAGGUGGAGCCUUUAACUCUUCUCGUAGCCGAUUACAUUUUGGCUCCCCACUUGUGUGUGGAACGAAAGUCGGUCAGCGACUUGAUAGGAUCUCUCAAUUCUGGUCGGCUUUACCAGCAAUGCACAGCCAUGUCGCGGUAUUAUGCUAACCCGAUUCUUCUAAUCGAAUUCUCAAUGUCUUCCAGAGGGUUUUAA